GCAGGGAGAAGGGGAAACUCCACACUCACAACAGUUAGUGUCUGCAGUAACGGUUGCAUGACCAGUGGGAAAGAGAGAGAGGGGGAAGAAGUGUAGCCAUUUUAGAUGACCACAUUUCUGUCUGCGGUUCAGGGACAAGCUAGGCAGUGACCUCAACAAAAGGAACAGAACAGGGGACACGAGUCAAGUCACCAGAAAGGAACGUCACACUUUUCUGCAAGACCUUCAACCAGAUAGAACUCAACUUAAACGAAGACAUUGCUGUAACAACUUAAACAGCAGGGCUUUUGAGGAAUGGGACAUUGAUAGUGUAUUGGAUACAGGAAGUACAUCUAACUGGAAUAUACAGUAUGCAUUCACAUCAGUGAUUCUACUUUUGGAGUUUCUGAAAUGCAAGUGAUCAAAAACUGAAAUUCACAAGCCAGUGUGUGAGGACACGUCUUCGUAAGAAUUACUUCUUGGAUUACACCUGUGCAUUCCAAGAUUUGUGGCACAAGUAAAUAACUCUCAAUAUUGGAUUAUAAAAUGCUGGAUUGGUGACCUAGGUAACUGGGUAAUCUAUACAGUGUCAAUAGUCCACACCCUUUCUGGAUUACCAUCAUAAAACUGACUGUGCUCCUUCAGUAAGGAAAGUCCACAGAGGCUUUGUUCCCCUUUUCUACCUCUUUGGUUCCAUCCUGAUCCAGGUGUGAUUCCAGAUGUUUCUGAACACCAUCCUGGUGGUGGUGACAGACCUGGCAGCAGGGUUGCUAGGCAACGCCUCUGUCCGCCGUCACUUCCACCUGCUGCUCACUGGUUGCCUGGUGAUGUUUGGCCCCGCCCUCAGUCUCUGGGUGUCCCAAUACAGCGUCUUUGCCAAGCGCACCCACUUCCUCUACAGGGGCUUCCUGAGGUCUGGCUGGGGCUGGACCUGCGUCUUUGUGGGCUCCUUUGUCUUUCUCUUGUCCUUCUCUGUGCGACGAUCCCUCGCUCUCUCCCUGCGCCACCUAUCCAGGCUGGCGGUGGCAGGGGGCUUGUGGGUGGGAUUCCGCCAGCUGCUGGGAUUCUUGGAGAACGCCACAGGGAGCUGCUACGAGCCCCUGGCUUCCUCUCCGGAGGGCCAGGGAGGAGGCGCCAUCGGGCAGCCUCUGCUGCUGCUCCGGGAGGGGGAGAGCAAGGAGGUGUGCGUGGGCUCGGGGAUGCUGUGGCGCGGGUACGAGGUCUCGGAGGACACCUUCUUACUCUGCCUCUGCUGCCUCAUCUUGGCAGAGGAAACGGCCGUGUUCGGGCCCUAUCUGACUCUGGGCGGGGCAUCGGGGGCGCCACUGCGCCUGCUCUUUCUGUUUUGCGUGCUGCUGUUGUCGCUCUGGAUCUUCUUGUUGCUCUGCCUGCUAGCUUACUUCCCCCAGUUCCCCACACAGUUGCUGGGGGGUGCUCUGGGCUGCCUGACCUGGCGAGGGCUCUACCAGGGCUGGUACCGGAUGGGGCCUAGCUGGUACUGCCCUGGGAGGCCCGGUGUGGGACUGCUUACCACCAAGGCUGGGCCCAAAGAUGGAGGCACCAGCUAAAAUCUCUUAACCCAAUAACCUGAGCUGUGAUUGGUUAUAUAAGGAUAAUAUAAGGAUAAGAGACUUUAGAUGAGAGGAUGACUAUUGUUUGAUGAUAAUGCAUAUCCAUAUGGAUGAUAGACCAUCAUCAUAUGCAGAAACUCAAGGAUUUAUAACGACCCAUAUGAAUGUGACAUUAAAACCUACACUUUAAACUU